AAAUAAGACUUCUGUUCGAGGUCGCUUGUUGUGCAAUCCAUUUCACAGUUUAUUUCACAGACCAUCGAAUAAUCUUCCUCCCAGACUGUUAAACAACAUAAACAGACAUUCUCAUGCACUCGAGUACAUGAUAGUCAGCCAAUACUUAAAUACCACUUGGGGCAACGGAGCUGGACUAUCCAUCAUGAACGAAGAAAAAAAAAACCAUACCCCAAGUAGUUUUAAAAUAUCCAUUUCCUAAUUAAUGAUAUGUUGUAAAUUCGAAGUAUCACUAAAAAUAUUAAAUGCUUCCCUAAUAUGUGCAUAUAGAGUCUCAUGCAUGUAUAUAAGCUCUAAAAGAUUCAAUAUCACACCAAAAAAAAAGAAGCCAAAUCUUUGGAUGAGAAGAAAAAACAUGAAGCGUUUGAUCUCCUCGUCUUCUCUGUCUUCUCUUAGAAAAACUACAACUCUUUCUCCAUACCUCUUUACUUUCAUAGGUUUCGUUUUCAUUUUCUCCAUUCUCUAUGAAAACAGUGUUAGUUGUUUUCUCAGACAAACUUUCAGUCAGUUUCAACCAGAAUCACCAGAAGCAAACAACAAACAGGCAUUAUUGACAAAAACAGUAGAGACUAAGAAGCAGGUGAGAUUGCCAUUUGCUAUUGGAGAGCCUCAUGCCGAUGAAGAUUAUCAAGAGUGUGAUGUGUUUAGUGGGAAAUGGGUCUACGAUGAAUCCAAUCGACCGCUUUAUGAAGAACCCGAAUGUCCAUAUAUACAACCUCAAAUCACUUGUCAAAAAGAAGGACGACCUGAUAAAGGCUAUCAGCAUUGGAGAUGGCAACCUCAUGGUUGUUCUCUGCCCAGCUUCAAUGCAAAAUUCAUGCUAGAAAAACUUAGAGGUAAGAGGAUGUUGUUUGUUGGUGACUCCUUGAAUAGGGGUCAAUUCACUUCCAUGGUGUGUCUCCUCCAGAAGGUCAUCCCUGCACACGCCAAAUCCAUGCGAAUCGUUUACAACUCUCUUACUGUAUUCACAGCCAAGGAGUAUAACGCGACGAUUGAGUUUUAUUGGGCACCAUUCCUUUUGGAAUCAAACUCUGAUAACGCCAUAGUCCAUAGGGUUCCAGAUAGAAUAGUUCGUAAGGAUUCAAUCGAUAAGCACGGUCAACAUUGGAAGGGAGCGGACGUUUUGGUAUUCAAUACAUACCUUUGGUGGUGCACUGGGAUGAAAUUUAAAUUUCUACAAGGAUCAUUCCAAGAUGAAGAGAAAGUAUUUGAAGAGUUGCCAACAGAAGAUGCGUACCGUGUGGCAAUGAAGAGCCUGGUGAAAUGGGUUGAGAAAAAUACAAAUCCUAAGAAAAAUAGAGUUUUGUUCACUAGCAUGUCGCCUUACCACGAGAAGAGCAGCGAAUGGGGUGGGGAGCCAAAUGAGAAUUGUUACAAUCAAACGACUCCGAUAGAAGAUCCAGAAUACUGGGGAACAGGGUCUCGGAAAAAAGUAAUGGAAGUGAUUAGACAAGAAUUUAGUAAAUCAAAAAUACCCAUUACAUUUCUAAACAUUACACAACUAUCGGAGUAUAGAAAAGAUGCACAUACAGCAAUAUAUAAGAAGCAAUGGAAUCCCUUGACAAAAGAGCAGAUAGCUAAUCCGACUAGCUAUGCUGAUUGUGUUCAUUGGUGUUUGCCUGGACUUCAAGAUACUUGGAAUGAACUUCUAUACACCAAACUUUUCUAUCCCUACCAAUAACAUACACCCGGAAUCCUGUUCCGUUACUAAAACUUUUGUAAAAUUAUCAUUUUGUUUUGCCAAUCUUUGCCAUUGUAAGAUUUUGGAUCAAGUACUUCAAGAGUAAUCAAGGCGGUUAGUAAAAGACUUGGUCUGCCUUCGGUAAACAUUUGUGCCUAAAUAUUCAAAAAUCUUAUCCCAUUUUGUUGCUUGCAAGUUGCAAUGGGACUUGCUU